UCGGCCUCUUCAGGGUGUCCGGCGGGGCGGUCGUCGGCGGUUCCCAGCUGAGCUCUGGGCAGAAACAAAACACCCGUGGGAGGAAAUAUCGUCAAUCUGGGCGCCCGAUCCAUUCAAGGCGUUCGGCUCCUGAAGUGUUGUGAUUUAAGUGCAAGCCAUCCAGGGCUCUGGGAAAGAAACUCACCUGAAUGAUACCUGGUCCAGGGGAAAAAUAAUCUAAAAUGGAACAAAAAGAAUAUAAAGAAGCUUUUGUCAGUAACCUGAAUGGUACUACUCUGACUGAGAACUCACUGGGUUUGAUUUCAUGUGCACUGUGUGUUGUCUAUCAUGGAUUGGUUUUAAUAUAUUUCUUUGGAGGAAGCACAGAAUCACCGUGGAAAAAAUUUGUUUUGAUUGAUUUUGUUGUACUGGUGGCACCUCUUGUAUUCUUUUGCACUACUCUGUCAGAUGUGCUUCACUGGGUAGUGCUAGUUCUAGCAGUUGUUCUGGUGAUAUCUGUAUUUCAGAUAUACUGUCAGAGAAAAAAGAGUGCCCAUCAACACUUGAAAGAAGUCAUUGCAGGAUUUUUGGAAACGAGCCUGGAUAUGAAUCAUAUUCCCUUUGUCACUUUGUUUCGAGUCUAUGUUAACGUAGCGACUAGCAUCUGCAUUCUAGCUGUGGACUUUCCAAUAUUCCCAAGACGUCUCGCUAAAGCUGAAACGUAUGGGACUGGGCCUAUGGAUUUUGGUACAGCAGGUUUCAUUUUUGCAAAUGCACUUGUUUCUCCUGAAGCAAGACAGAAGAACAAAACUGCAUCACAUUCUAAAUUCUACUCUGCAGUUAAACAGAUAAGAUUAGUUUCGCCAUUAGUUUUCUUGGGAUUAACUCGUCUAAUAAUUGUUAAAACUAUGAAUUAUCAUGAGCAUAUCUCUGAAUAUGGUUUGCACUGGAAUUUCUUUUUCACGCUGGCAGUAGUUAGGAUCCUGUCAUCUUUUCUUUUGAUAUUAUGUCCUGUAAGAAGUUCAUGGAUUGUGUCAUGUGGUAUUGGCAUAUGUUAUCAAUUACUCCUUGAAACUACAAAUCUGAAGCACUUUAUAUUGCAUGGUAGUGAUGGCAAAGAUACCAGGGAUGGGCUUAUUAAUGCUAACAGAGAAGGACUCUUUUCAAUGUUUGGAUAUGUAUCUAUUUACAUGGCUGGUGUACAGGCUGGCACUUUUAUUAUGAAGAAGAGGAUGUUAGUAAUAGAGUGGAUAAAAGUGCAGGGUUGCCUUGCAAUGAGCACCUUUAUAUUGUUGUUACUGUUGUCUGUGUGUGAAGUACUCACAGAACCUGUAUCACGCCGGAUGGCCAAUCUCAGUUAUGUCAUAUGGACAGUUGAGCACAGUUUAUUAUUUAUCAAUAUGUUUAUGCUAGCUGAUUUUAUUUUAGUAUUUGUCAAAUUUCUGUCAGGGAUGUCUAACGUGCCAUGUUCAUGGAACAUUUUACCAGACUCUGCCCAACGCAGAAAAGAAAAGACUUUGUUAAAAAACAAUGCUUUGGAAAAAGUAGAUAAAAACAAAAUGCGUUUCUGUAUUAUUGAUGCCAUAAGCAGAAACCAACUACUGUUUUUCCUGCAAUCUAAUGUUUUGACAGGUUUGGUAAAUCUUACAGUAGAUACUCUUCAUAGCAACACAUUUAUUUCCUUAUUUGUACUGUUGGUUUAUGUAUUUUGCAAUUGUAUUUUUGUAUACAUUUUACAUAUCAAUGACAUCACUUUAAAGUUUUGGUGACUUACCAUAUCCAUCCUUAAUUUUCAU